GUUGUGAUAAACUUAUUAAAUAGAAAGUUUGGCUUUAAUCAAAAGACGUGUUUGAAUAGACCUAGAACCUGAAAUGCCCAAAGGCGAAAAUCCAAAGCCGGGGGCUCAUACCCCUAGGCCACCGUCCAGCUCAAGAAUUAAAAGAGCUGGGUCCUCUCUCCGUCCACCAGUUUCGGCUGGACCAAAAGCCGACGGACCUGUUCUGUCUAAUAUUGAGACUGCUGAUGGAAACCCUAUCCAAUAUCCAGUAAUUCAAGAACGGGGCUUUUAUUCUGAUGUGUUGGAUUCUGAAAAUGAAAACCGGCUCCUCAACAGACAGAAUGAAGCAUUGUUUGGAGGGCUAAGUCAUGGUGCUCGACGACUGCAACCAUUGCAAACUGAAGUUGGAACUGAAAAGCAUACUCCGGCAGCUUCAUCUUUUACACCUGUUGCAGACAUAAAUGAAAAACUUAACCAGAGCAGGCCUAAAAGAACCACGCAGGUGUUCAGAGAUUCCGAUUUCACAGAGGGAAGUUACAAACCGAAAGUUCAAGUCCCAUUCUACGUUCUACCCGGGCAAUGUCCCAGAAAAGUGGAAAUUGAGCGAAAAAAGCGAAAAUACAAUUCAUCAUCGCUACCUCAAUUGCUCAAACAGCUAAGCAUUGACACCAAAAAACUAAUGCCAAAACGAGUGAAUCCUAGUGAAUUUUCUCGAGGCAUGCAGUCAGAUCCCGAAAAUCCUUUUCCCAUUUUCCUGCCGCUGCACAUAUUCGACAACACCGAGUAUGAUUCAAGGACGCCCGGAGAGUGGGUGGAAUCGGGACUGGACUCUUCUGGCAACCAUAAACCAGUUCCUGCCAUGUGUCUGUUACCACAGAAAGACGAAUUGCCCAAAUUGGACCCCAAGGAUCCCUCGAUUGAGUAUGACUGGUUCGAAGUUGGAGUCUUGUCUUAUGACUCGGUAAAGGAAGUCUUCCUGGUUCAAAAAGUGAAUUCGAAGGGGAAGAUUGCGUCUGACAAUGGGCGGGCCCUCAGCGACAUGUCUUCAGCAACGCCUGACAGCGUGCAGUUAUCUGCUUCGCAGUAUUGGGUACCCCGAAUCCAGGUCAUGUUUGAGAGCGAGGACCCUGAAAUGUUUGCGCGCAGAGUGAAGGAGGCAUUCGAGGAGAGACAUCAGACAGAAUCGCAUCUGAGAUACCACCUCUACCUAGAUUGCAUGCCCAUGGAUGGAGUCACAGAUCUGGACGAUGAUUCAUUCAAACGAAUGUGCAAGUUCGCUCUAGAAACCCCGUGUUUCUCGAAACAGUCGACGCUGGAGAACAACUCGGAAUUACAGUCAGUUCUCCCGGGACUGAGACACGAGAUCAACAUAGACUUCACUCGUACUCUGAACAGACUCAUUUUUGACAAGAUAGUGGCUAAGAACCAGGCCACUUAUCCUUACAUCAAACUGCCAAAAGAGCAAGCGGACAAACUUCAAACUGUACAAGUCAAAGGUCGCCACCCAGACGUGCCAGAAGUUGAUUUCCCCGCCAAGUUCGACGCUUUCACCUUCGAGUCCAUUCUCACUCGGACAGAAGCAAUCGCCGCCAUCAUGAAAGUGCGCGCGGAGUGCAACGAAGUGUCGGGAAAAUGCCUUUUCCACGUGCCCAUUCUGAAGCAGAUGAAAGUAGAGGAGUUUGUUCAGACCCAAGAUCAAAUGACGUCAACAGUCUCGUUGUUCCUACAAGACCAGUGGAAGAACUCGUUGACCAAUGAGAUUCGAGCAGCUCUUCGUGACGUGGGCCGUGGCUGGUUCAAUCUAUACGAGACCAACUGGGAAGUGUACCAAAUUUCGAAGUUGAAAAAGUUCAUGGAGAUGGUCAAAUUCUGCAUGCAGGACUCUCUGCGGUUCCUGGUGCAGGACAGUCUGGUGUCCUUUGUGCAGAUGAUAGUGGACGCCUCUGUGGCCACUCUCAAACUGGACGAGAAGGAGUUCACCUGGGACACGCCCCUUCACUCAUCCCCUUUCAAGCCUAAGAAGAACCCCCUGUUCUCCGUGGAGUUGGCAUUAGACCAGGAGGGAUCCCACUACAAUGUCAAUCUGCCCCACUUCGAGAGCAUGCUAGUGUCCCUGUUCGACUCUGCCAUCAAGUCCACACAGGAAGUGCCACAGCUAGAAAAAUUUGUGAUGAAGGAUAUUUUCUGGGCGGACAUUGCACUCCUCGAAUCAGUGGGCGAACAUGAGAAACACAUAGACCAGCUGAGAGAUGAUAUGGUCAGAGCAAUCAGACAGGCUCAGAUCCCUCUGAUAGGAUAUGCCAGGGCACACGAACAGUUCCUGGAACUUAUCAACACCGACAUACAGGCAUACAUCAAGGAGUACGACGGCCAAGAGCACAGUGCGAGUGAAGUGAAAGCAGAAGUGGAUCGAUUCCUGGCCGAGAAAGAGCGACUGGAAAAUCUGUUGCCCAGCAACGUCGUAAUCGGACCCUUCUAUGUGAACGUCGAGCCAGUUAGGAAGAACCUGUCCAAGAAGUGUCGCGAUCUGGCCAAUGCUGUGCUGGAACUGCUGGCUAAGAAACUCAGAGUUCAAGCGGAUGACUCGUGUGAGCAGUUCAAACUGAUCUCUCGCAAGCUGCACGAGAAGCCGAACACGAUCGAGGAGUUGACAGAGAUGCGGGAGUGGAUCGCCACCAUCCCUGUUGAGAUCAAGAAGCACAAGGAGACCAUAGACAAGGCCAUGGAAGACUAUCAGCUCAUUGAGGAGUUCAACUACAACUUGUCCCAGGAUGACUUCAAUGCUAAGUACACAGCUCUGUUCUGGCCCAACAAGAUCGAGGAGCAGGUGGCACAAACCGAGGACAAUCUGCUGGCGGACGAGGAGAGGUUCCGCACUUUACAGCAGACAGACCAGGCCUCAUUCCAGGAAAAGAUCGAUUCACUCCAGAUCACAGUGGCUGGGUUCGCGGGCUACACUGACAAGCAGAAGGCGGUUGAGAUUGGCAAUGAGGUGAGGAGGGUUCACAAGAGCCUCCUGCAGGCACAGACAGAUGCUCAACUGUACAACCAGAGGGAGAGACUGUUCGACCAACCCGUAACCAAUUACGACGUGGUGAACAAACUGAUCAGGGACUUCGAGCCCUUCCGCAACCUGUGGAUGACAGCCUCGGACUGGGCCAAGUGGUACGAAUCAUGGAUGAACGACGUGCUCGAGAGUGUGGACGCAGAACAAGUGGAGACAUGUGUCACCAACUCUUUCAAGAACAUCCACAAGGCAGUCAAGUCCUUCAAAGACAUACCAUCUGUACAAAGCGUGGCCCAGGACUUCAAACAACAAAUUGAAGAGUUCAAACCCUACAUACCCCUUAUCCAGGGUCUCAGGAAUCCAGGUAUGCGCAUGCGCCACUGGGAGAAACUGUCGGAUGAUCUCGGGUUCAAGGUCAUCCCGAAAAAGACGCUGACAUUCAGCAAGUGUUUGGACAUGAACUUGCAGAACCACAUCGAGACGAUAGCCAAAAUUGCAGAAGUGGCGGGAAAAGAAUAUGCCAUUGAACAGGCACUGAACAAGAUGGAGAAAGAUUGGGCGCCUAUUUCGUUCGAAGUGAUGCCUUAUAAGGACAGUGGCACUUACAUUCUGAAGAGUAAUGAGGAGUGCAGUCAGUUGUUGGAUGACCACAUAGUCAUGACUCAGAGCAUGUCCUUCUCGCCCUUCAAGAAGCCAUUCGAGGACAGAAUCAACAGCUGGGAGACCAAGAUGAGACUCACACAGGACGUGCUAGACGAGUGGCUGAACUGUCAGAGGUCUUGGUUGUAUCUGGAACCCAUCUUCUCCAGCGAUGACAUCAACCGCCAGUUGCCGGUGGAGGGCAAGAGGUACCAGACCAUGGAGCGCAUGUGGAGGAAACUCAUGAAAGAGGCCAAGGAAAAGCCACAGGUUAUCCAACUUUGCCCCGAACCUCGUAAACUUGAGAACCUCAAAGAGUGCAACAAAUUGCUAGACCAAGUACAGAAAGGACUCAGCGAGUACCUGGAGACGAAGCGGAACUCGUUCCCGAGAUUCUACUUCCUCUCAGACGAUGAGCUCCUCGAGAUUCUUUCGCAGACCAAGGAUCCCACGGCUGUGCAGCCUCAUCUGAGGAAGUGUUUCGAGAACGUGGCCAAACUGGAAUUCCACGAUGAUUUGAAAAUCACGAGUAUGUACUCUGGAGAGGGGGAGAAUGUGCCCUUUUGCAGACAUAUCUACCCAGAGGGUAAUGUGGAAGACUGGAUGUUGAAGAUUGAGGACUUGAUGAAGGAUUCAGUCAGGGAUCAAGUGAAGCAGUCGUUGGUUGAUUAUAAGCAGAGACCUCGUACUGAGUGGGUUCUCAACUGGCCGGGUCAGGUGGUAAUUGCGGGAGCCCAGACAUUCUGGACCGAAGAGGUAUCCGGCUCCAUCGAGGAGCACGACCUACCCGGGAGACUGCAGAAGCUGUCAGAUCAGAUCAAGGACUUGGUGGGAUUGGUCAGGGGCAAGUUGACCAAGAUUGGCCGCAUGAUUUUGUCGGCGUUGAUUGUCAUCGAAGUGCAUGCUAGAGACGUGUGUGCUACUCUGGUCGAUGAAGAUGUUCAAAGUGUGAAUGAUUUCGAAUGGAUCUCACAACUGAGGUAUUACUGGCUGACGGAUGUGAACCCGGACGGGGACAUGUACACUAUGGCUGUGAAUGCCAAGUUCAACUAUGGCUACGAGUAUCUGGGCAACACAGGGAGACUGGUGGUCACUCCACUCACAGACAGAUGCUACCUCACCCUCACAGGUGCCCUCAACCUGCAGUUUGGUGGUGCUCCCGCGGGCCCCGCAGGAACUGGAAAGACAGAGACGACCAAAGAUCUGGCCAAAGCUUUCGCCAUCCAGUGUGUGGUGUUCAACUGCUCGGACCAAUUGGAUUACCUUGCUAUGGGAAAAUUCUUCAAGGGUCUGGCAAGUUCGGGAGCAUGGGCUUGUUUCGAUGAGUUCAACCGAAUCGACAUUGAGGUGUUGUCUGUGGUGGCCCAGCAGAUCGCCACCAUCCAGCGUGCACAGCAGCAGAAGCUGGACCGAUUCCAGUUCGAGGGUGUAGAACUGGCUCUAAAGCAAAGCUGUGCCGUGUUCAUCACUAUGAACCCUGGAUAUGCAGGCAGGACUGAACUGCCAGAUAACUUGAAGGCACUAUUCCGACCAGUGGCGAUGAUGGUACCCAACUACACUAUGAUCGCGGAGAUCUCUCUCUACUCUUUCGGAUUUGACAAUGCACGUGGACUGGCGAACAAAAUCACGACUACGUUCAAACUAUCCUCCGAACAGCUCAGUUCCCAGGACCAUUAUGACUUUGGGAUGCGUGCGGUGAAGACUGUGAUCAGUGCUGCGGGUAAUCUGAAGAGGGAGCAUCCCGAGAUGGACGAGGAGCUCAUCUGUCUCAGGGCCAUCAGGGACGUCAAUGUGCCCAAGUUCCUGGUGGACGAUCUCAAACUGUUCAACGGAGUCGUGUCCGAUCUCUUCCCUGGAAUCAAGCAAGAGUCGAUCGACUAUGGAGACCUCGACAGCGCUCUUCGGAAGACCUGUCUAUACAAGAAAGACUUAAAAGACGUCGACGCAUUCGUCCUCAAAUGUAUCCAGUUAUACGAAACGACAGUGGUGCGACACGGACUCAUGUUGGUGGGUCCGACUUGCUCCGGGAAAACAAAGUGCUACAGUACUCUGCAGGCGGCCUUGACCUCGCUCAAAGGUCAGCCAGCUAUUGGCGGAGGUCAAUAUGAGGCUGUACAUACAUAUGUGCUGAAUCCUAAGUCAAUUACGAUGGGUCAGUUGUACGGAGAAUUUGAUCUGCUAACCCAUGAAUGGACUGAUGGGAUCUUGUCGUCUCUGAUCCGAAUCGGGACUACAGCUCAGAAUGAUGACAAGAGGUGGUAUAUGUUCGACGGGCCAGUGGACGCCGUCUGGAUCGAGAACAUGAACACAGUGCUGGAUGACAACAAGAAGCUCUGUCUGAGCUCCGGCGAGAUCAUCAAACUCACCGAGGCGAUGACGAUGAUGUUCGAAGUGGCUGAUCUGGCGGUUGCUUCGCCCGCUACAGUGAGUCGAUGUGGUAUGGUCUACUUGGAACCCAGCAGCCUGGGUCUGUCUCCGUUCGUGUUCUGCUGGCUAAGACGUCUGCCAGAGAUCUUCUUCGACCAGAAAAGCGUUUUUGAGAAGCUGUUUGAUGUGUACAUGGAACCGGCAGUGGAGUUCAUCAGGAGUGACUGUAAGGAGAUUGUCACUUCGGUCGACGGGUGUCUGACCUUCUCGCUUCUUAAGCUGCUGGAGUGUUUCUUCACACCCUUCUUACCUAAAGAGGGUGACAAGCCAAUCUCGCAGGAUGUGAUUGAACAGCUGCCUAAACUGAUCGAGCCCUGGUUCAUAUUCUCCCUCGUGUGGAGUGUGGGCGGCACCUGUGACGAGAGCAGCCGGGAGAAGUUCAGCAACUGGCUCAGAGUCAAGAUGAGAGACAACGAGGCGCAGCUUCCAUUCCCAGAAGGGGGUCUGGUGUAUGACUACGUGUUGGACGACGGGGGACUCAGUCAGGGGGACACUGGCACCGGAGAGGAGGAGGCGGAUGAAGACGCCAAGGCAGAGAUCACUUGGGUGAACUGGAUGAAAGGGGCGGAGCAGUUUGCAGUGCCCUCUGGAGUGUCCUACUCUGACAUUAUGGUCCCCACCCUGGACACCAUCAGGAGUGCAUACGUCAUACACAUGCUCAUCACAAACAAGAAACCGCUGCUGUGUGUGGGUCCGACUGGAACUGGUAAAACACUGACCAUAGCGGACAAGCUUCUGAAGAACAUGCCGUCCAACUUAGUGACUGAGUUCUUCACUUUCUCCGCCAGGACUUCAGCCAAUCAGACUCAAGAUCUCAUCGACUCCAAACUGGACAAAAGACGAAAGGGAAUCUUCGGACCUCCGUUGGGCAAGAACUCAGUCUUCUUCAUCGAUGACUUGAACAUGCCCGCCCUCGAGACAUACGGGGCCCAGCCGCCGAUCGAGUUGAUCAGACAGUUCAUGGAUCACUCGGGGUGGUACGACCGCAAAGCAAUCGGUUCCUUCCGCACCCUGGUCGACAUCACAUUCCUGGGUGCGAUGGGUCCCCCGGGAGGAGGUAGGAAUCCGAUCACUGCUCGACUGACGAGACACUUCAACUAUCUGUCCUUCACCGAGAUGGAGGACAGCAGCAAGAUGAGGAUCUUCUCCAUCAUUCUCGACAGCUGGCUCGGGAACAGCCCGGUAGGCACGACGAAUUGUGAGAGUAUGACGAGAGAGUCGAUCGACGUGUACAACACUAUUGUGGUGUCUCUGCUGCCCACUCCUGCCAAGAGUCACUACACAUUCAACCUGAGAGAUCUCUCCAAAGUGUUCCAGGGUAUCCUCAUGGUGGACCCUGCCAAGAUUGGGUCUCCUGAGCAGCUGUACCGUCUUUGGUACCACGAGAACCUCAGAGUGUUCCAAGACCGUCUCAUCAACGUCGAGGACAGAACAUGGUUCAGCAACCUCCUCAACUCCAAAGUCACUGACAAGUUCAACUGCGAACUCAGCCAGGUGCUGAACCAACAGCCUGUUCUGUACGGAGACUUCAUGAAUCCAAGCUCUGACGUGAAGCUGUACGCCGAGAUACAGGACCACGAGAAAAUGAGUGGAGUGUUGAAAGAGUACCUGGAAGACUUCAACCAGAUCAACACAGCCAGAAUGAACUUAGUGCUGUUCAUGGACGCAGUGGAGCAUGUGUGUCGUAUCAGUAGAGUCAUCCGACAGCCCAUGGGAAACUCCCUCCUCCUGGGAGUGGGGGGCAGUGGGAGACAGUCGCUGAGCAAACUGGCCACUCACAUGGCAGAAUACGACUUGUUCCAAAUUGAAUUGACGAAGAACUACGGAAAUGCUGAGUGGCGAGAGGACCUUAAGAGCAUCAUGAUGAAGGCGGGGUUGGAGAACAAACAGACAGUUUUCCUCUUCCCAGAUACUCAGAUCAAAAACGACUCGUUCCUAGAGGACAUCAACAACAUCCUGAAUGCGGGAGAUGUGCCGAACAUCUACGUGAAUGACGAGCCAGACCGCAUUCUGAAUGCGAUGAGGCCACUGGUGCUGGACAUGGGCCAGCAGCCGACCAAGAGCAACCUCUUCUCAGCCUACACCAAGAGAGUGCGCGCCAACCUCCACCUCAUACUCUGCAUGAGCCCGAUUGGUGAAGUGUUCCGAGCGCGGCUGCGUCAGUUCCCCGCCCUGGUGAACUGCUGCACCAUAGACUGGUUUUCCGAGUGGCCGGAGGAGGCACUGCAGAGUGUGGCACAGAGUUCCCUCCAAGAUAUGGGGGAUCUGGAGGCCACUGAGGAUGAAAUAGACGGACUGAAACAAAUCUGCGUGAACAUCCACCAAGGAGUGGCUCAGAAAUCCGAAGAGUACUUGGCCGAAUUGGCCAGACAUAACUACGUCACUCCCACUUCCUAUCUGGAAUUGCUGUCCAUCUUCUCCAAACUAGCCAGCAUCAAGAAACUGGAACUCAAGACAGCCAGAGACAGAACUAAAACUGGUCUCACCAAGCUGCUGACGACUGCAGAGGACGUGGCCAAAAUGGAGGAUGAGCUGAAAGACAUGCAGCCUCUGUUGGAAGAGGCAGCCAAGGAGACUGAGACUACGAUGGAGAAAAUAGCCACUGAUUCUGUCAUCGCAGCUGACACUAAGAAGGAGGUGGAGAAAGAGGAGGCCGAGGCUACUAUCAAGGCCGGCAAGGCACAGGAGAUUGCAGAUGAUGCCCAGCGGGACUUGGACGAAGCGUUGCCAGCACUGGAGGCGGCGCUGUCUAGUCUGAGAUCUCUCAACAAGAAUGACGUGAUUGAAGUCAGGGCCAUGACCAGACCCCCUCAGGGAGUGAGGAUGGUGAUGGAGGCAGUCUGCAUCAUGAAGACCAUCAAGCCCAAAAAAGUGGCCGGAGAAAAGCCUGGACAGAAGGUGGAUGACUACUGGGAUCCGGGUAAGGUGAUGUUGCAGGAGCCCAGUAAGUUCCUGGAAUCACUGUUUAACUACGACAAAGACAACAUCUCAGACGACACAAUCAAGAAGAUCCAGCCGUACAUGGAGAACGAGGAGUUCCUCCCAUCCGCCAUUGCAAAGGUGUCCAAAGCAUGUACUAGUUUGUGUCAAUGGGUACGUGCUAUGCACAAGUACCACUUUGUGGCGAGGAAUGUCGCCCCGAAGAGAGCCGCUCUGGCGGAGUCCCAGGCGGAACUGGCGGAGAGCCAGAGGAUCCUGGAUGCUGCCAAGGCCAGACUGUACGAGGUGGAGGAGGGAAUCGCCACUCUGCAGGCUAAAUUGAACGAGUGUGUGAGUAAGAAGGAGGAGUUGGAGAGGAAGACGAACGAGUGUGAACAGAGGCUGGUGAGGGCUGGCAAGUUGAUUGGGGGACUGGCGGAUGAGAAGGAGAGGUGGCAGAGCUCUGUGGCCAUGCUGGAGGAGAAACUGAAGCGCUACGUGGGUAAUGUGAUGAUCUCGGCGGGAUAUGUGGCUUAUCUGGGCACAUUCACUGGCAAGUACAGAAGUGAUCUGCUCCAGAUGUGGUCCCAACAGCUCAUCCAGUACAAGGUGCCGCAUACUGAUGACUUGGGUCUGAUUGAGACCAUGAGCGACCCAGUGAAGAUCCGGUCGUGGCAGAUUGCUGGACUGCCCAAGGACCAGCUGUCCACUGAGAACGGAGUGAUCGUACAGUACUCCAACAGGUGGAGCCUCUUCAUCGAUCCACAAGGCCAAGCCAAUAAAUGGAUCAAGGCACUGGAGAAAGACGCCGGCAUAGAUGUAUUCAAACUGUCGGACAAGGACUUCCUCAGAAGUCUGGAGAACUCGAUCCGGUUUGGCAAACCCUGUCUGAUGGAGAAUGUUCUAGAAGAACUUGACCCCGCCCUGGAACCCAUUUUGCUCAAACAGACGUUCAAGCAGCAGGGCUCGUUGGUGAUCCGACUGGGAGAUGCUGUGAUUCCCUACCACGAGGACUUCCGCUUCUACAUCACCUCCAAACUGCCCAACCCCCACUACACCCCAGAGAUAUCCACCAAGGUCACCCUCGUCAACUUCACCCUGUCGCCCAGUGGUCUGGAGGACCAGUUGCUAGCCCGUGUGGUGGCUGAAGAGAGACCGGAUCUGGAGGAUGCGAAGAACCAGCUGAUAGUGAGCAAUGCGAAGAUGAAGGCUGAGCUGAAGGAGAUAGAGGAUAAGAUCCUGGAGAGACUCAGUGCCUCCGAGGGAAACCCGGUGGACGAUGUGGACCUCAUCAAAACCCUGGAGGCAUCCAAAGUCAAGUCCAAGGAGAUCAAGGACAAAGUGGUGGUGGCUGAGAAGACGGAGAAGGACAUAGAUGAGACGAGGAGUCUCUACAUCCCAGUGUCAGUCAGGACUCAAAUCCUCUUCUUCUGCACCACUGACCUGGCCAAUGUCGACCCCAUGUACCAGUACUCUCUAGAGUGGUUCAUCAAUCUAUUCCUAAACGGCAUUGCGAAUGCGGAGAGGGCGGAGACGGUGAGUCAGCGGAUAGAGAACAUCAACAACUACUUCACCUACAACCUCUACAUCAAUGUGUGCAGGAGUCUCUUCGAGAAACACAAACUCAUGUUCGCCUUCCUUCUCGCCAUCAGAAUCAUGAUGAACGAUGGACUCAUUGACCCCGAGGAGUGGCGCUUCUUCAUCUCGGGAGGUACGAAGAGGGGGGCCGAACUGCCCAACCCCUCCCCCGACUGGCUCUCAGACAGAGGAUGGGGAGACUGCAUCACCCUCUCUGCACUUCCCGCAUUCCAGGAGAUAACUGUUGAUUUCAAAGACCACCUGGACGGAUACAAGGCUAUUUUUGACAGCAACGAACCCCACAGGGAACCACUCCCAGGCAAGUGGAAUGACCAAUUGAGCAUGUUCCAGAAGCUAGUGGUGCUCAAAUGUCUCCGGGCAGACAUGGUCACUAACGCCAUGCAGGACUUCGUGGCCGCCAAUCUCGGACAGAAGUUCAUAGAGCCACAGACGACUGAUCUGAGUCUGGUGUACAAGGACUCCUCCCCAACCACGCCCCUGAUCUUCGUGCUGUCCACCGGCACUGACCCGGCGGCCGAUCUGAACAAGUUCGCAGAGGAGAUGAGGAUGGCCAAGAAGUUCAACUCCAUCUCCCUCGGACAGGGACAGGGCCCGGUGGCAGAAGGUCUGGCGAGGAGUGCGAUAGAGCGGGGUAGAUGGGUGUUCUUCCAGAACUGUCAUCUGGCGCCCUCGUGGAUGCCCUCUCUGGAGAGGAUGAUCGAGCAGAUAGACCCGGACAAGGUCCACAGGGACUUCCGACUGUGGCUGACCAGCAUGCCGAGUCCGAAGUUCCCAGUGGCGGUGCUGCAGAACAGCUCCAAAAUGACAGUUGAGCCCCCAAAAGGCAUCAAGGCCAACCUGCUCAAGUCCUAUCUCUCCCUCAACGACGACCUCCUCAACUCCACCGAGGAAAAGACUCACGAGUUCAAAUCACUCGUGUUCUCACUCUGCCUGUUCCACGGGGCACUACUGGAGAGGAGGAAGUUUGGACCCCUGGGAUUCAACAUCCCCUAUGAGUACACUGACGGAGAUCUCAGGAUCUGUCUCUCCCAGUUGAAGAUGUUCCUCAUGGAGUACCCUAUCAUUCCAUAUAAGGUGUUGUCUUACACGGCAGGACACAUCAACUACGGGGGUAGAGUGACAGAUGACUGGGACAGGAGAUGCAUGAUGAACAUACUGGCAGACUAUUACAAUGAACGGGUGCUCCAGGAGCACCACAAGUUCUCAGAGUCCGGCACCUACUACCAGAUCAACACGGAGAUGGACCACAACGGCUGCCUCCAAUAUGUGAAGAGUCUCCCUAUCAACGACACUCCGGAGAUAUUCGGCCUGCACGACAACGCCAACAUCACCUUCGCCCAGAACGAGACAUUCAAUGUGCUGGCAGCCAUAGUGAAGCUACAACCCAAGACCAGAUCGGGAGGCGGCCAAAGUCCAGAAGAGAUCAUAGAGGCGGCAGCGGUUGCCAUACUGGACAGGGUGCCCCACCCACUGGACGCGAAGGAGGUGCUGCAGCAGUACCCUGUCAUGUACGAGGAGUCGAUGAACACUGUACUGGUGCAAGAGGUCAUAAGGUACAACCGCCUGCUGUCGACUAUCCACUCUAGCUUGGGUUCUCUGAGGAAGGCGCUGAAGGGACUGGUGGUGAUGAGCUUCGAACUGGAGAAGCUGUCCAACAACCUCUUCAUCAACAAAGUGCCCGAAAUGUGGGCUGCCAAGGCCUACCCGUCUCUGAAGCCGCUGGCAGCCUGGGUUGAUGACCUGAUCCAGAGGAUGGACUUCCUGCAGGGAUGGGUGGCGAAGGGAAUCCCGCCUGCCUUCUGGAUCUCCGGCUUCUUCUUCCCCCAGGCAUUCCUCACUGGUACCCUGCAGAACUUCGCAAGGAAGUUCCACAUCUCCAUCGACAUCAUCUCCUUCGGCUUCGAGGUGAUCUCAACCAGCAAGGAUGAUUUGAAUGAGCGUCCGGAGAGUGGCUGCUACAUCUACGGACUGUACCUGGAGGGAUGCAGGUGGGGCUACUCGUCACGCCAGCUCAUAGAGUCUAGACCCAAGGAGCUGUACACGGAGAUGCCGGUGAUCUGGCUCAAACCAGUCGAGAACCGCAAGACACCCACUUCUGGCAUCUACAACUGCCCUGUCUAUAAGACACUCACCAGAGCUGGAACCCUGUCGACUACUGGACACUCGACCAACUUCGUGUUGCCAGUGGAGAUCCCCACUGACAAGACCCAGCAGCACUGGAUCAAACGAGGAGUCGCCCUCAUAUGCGCACUCGACUAUUAACCCACGAACAAACUCGCAACUCUACUGAACUUAGUCAUGACUCAACUCAUAACCAAUUAUAACCAAACUUCAGCUGAUCAUUACCGAACCUAAACUACUAGCGACUACAACACAAUUUGGACGAAAGUAAAAUCUUAACAAUACUUAACUGAAUCUUUGAAAAAGACUGAACUAAUCAAACGAAGUCGCCAAAACAAAUUUGCCGUGGAAAUGGAAAAAAAGUUAAGGCGAACUUCAAACAUUCAAUCAAACUCAUGUAUAUAAUAUUGUAACAUAACUGGGUUAAAAUGUAUGGAUUUAAAUUGCUGUGAAAAUGUAAAUAGUUGCAAUUGUGACUAAUGAUUAAAAUCAAAAAUUGUUUUAUCUUCUGAAAGUUCAAACAAUUUCAGGGAGUCACUUUACAAAAAAAGAACUAAAAAAAGUUGACGGGCGAUUUCCUUUUUUGCCU